CUUCGCCCGUCAGUCGUGAAGUUCAUCGUUCAACCUGCAGACGUGUUUUCUCGUUACGCGCGCCUAUACGUUCAAUCCCGCGAAGUGCUCGGCUCAAUCAUUACUGAGACUGGGACCUGGGGGCCAGUUAGCGGUAGCGCUGGCCGUUGUUGCGUUGUGUUGUAUGGUAGCCGUAGCAGCUCCGAGUAAGUCAGUCAAUGGUAGCACAGGGCGUUGGCAAUACAAGCACCUCAGUAUAGUGUGGUAUGGUGGAAGUGACCGACAUUUGCUGGGGGUUCGAAGCCCAGGGAGAAAAGAAGACCAGGGCCCUUUCGCGUUUUCACGGCCCUAUUAGGCGCAAGUUUUAACCAAUGUUGGCGAAAUGGAGCAGAAUCUUAUCGGAGACGGCUGAGAUAGAUAGCGAAACUUGCUGAUAAGCUGGCUGGUGUGUGUAUAGUUCCAAGUGGAAUAACGUAAAAAAUCAAUAAAAUACAGGUGAAUGAAUAAGCAUUGACCGUGCUGUUGGGCGCAGACUGGCUUGCAUUGUGAAUUUCAACACGCACUCCCGCGGAAAUUGUGCAACAGUGAUUUGAGAAAAUAGUUUAGAAAAUAAAAGUUUAUUGUUAGGUGCAUGGCUAGCAGUUUUUUCAAGUUUACGCAUGGAAAACUUCGGAAGAAAAGUGAAUGGAAGGUCUGAUUCAAGUCCGUUAUAUCCCACGAUGAAUAAUGCAACAAAAGCCAGCAAACCGUGAGAGUAGGGCUGGAAAUUAAUCCACUGGUUCAACGAAUAGAUUCAUAAUCGCAGAAGAUUACUCAUCGAUGUCCAUCGUACACUACCGAGAAUUUUAUGAAUGAGCUAGCCAACCCAGAGAACGACCUCAAUUAACGCUCACUUCUAUGCAUCAGAAUCUUCGUAGUGACACAUGCGUCACACCUGACGGGGGGCAAUAAGGCAAUACGUGAUAACGUGACAGUGGAAUCCGAAGUGGUGUUGAAUUAGUGAACCGAUACCUGCGCUCUCGUAGAACGACCGGAAUGUGACUAAUAGAUUCACCGUUGUGUUAUCGUUGCUUGUUUUAAAUAUCUAAGUUAGUGUUCUGUCGCGCAUUCAAUAGCCAGCUGCCCGUAGCUGCCGAGUUACUAUUGUUGCGAAACAUAAACAGUGAUAUCACCUUGAAACUUGUUAUAAGAAUAGUAGUGCGCCAAGUAAUAACAACGUGAGAAAAUACUACGAAUACUCAUUGCUCCAUCGUCGUCGCUGGGGCGCGCACCUAAACACGCAAAGUGGGCUAAACGGGGGUGAAUCAUACCGCACAAUUACGUUCCAACCACACCGGCAAUAACAGUUUAUAGUGUAGUGAGUCGCAAACACCCAGUCUUGUGGAUGGUGCCAUCGAAUCGACAAAUGUGUUGCACUGCUGUUACUGCUGCAACCCGUUUCGCGCAUUUCAAGAAUGGCUUUAAAUACCGGCUGCGAGGCAGCAAAGCGUUACCAACAAUCGAACCAUUCGGCUAAGGCUACCAACAGCAGUUGGUACGCCCAAGGUGGUUGUAGUGUUCGGAAAAAAUGUGUUCAUCUGAGUUCCAACAUCGGUGGUGCGGGGGUUCACGGGAAGACUUACGUGCUUUUGCUAUGCGCUACGGUGUACGUGAGUUUAGCCAGCGGACAGUACCACACGACUCGCGAUCCACGAUGGUAUUCUCGUGAAGGAGACUACAGCUACCAUCUACCUAACCCAGGAGAUCCGGAUUACAGAACCUACACCUAUAACAAUCGACGGUAUGGAUACUACCAACCGAAUGGAUACGGUCAACAGUAUCCAGGCCAAAACUUACCGGGUCAGUAUCCGCAAAACACUGGCCUCGGAGAAGAUCGAUUCAAGUAUGAUCCGACCAACCCAAACAACGUCCAGACGCCGUUCCCGGGUGUGCUCGGUGGUUGGCGCGACGAUCUGCAGGGUAAACUGCGUCGGGACUCCAUCCAACUGGAUCGAGAUGUAUUUGUGACGACUAACUACGGUCAGGUGCAGGGCUUCAAGGUGCAUAUGUACGACAGUCCCGAUCCGAAGUCGUUCUUUCGACCUUGGCACAGCCCUGUCGAUCGGGUUAUGGGCACCUGUUCGACGUUCUUGGGUAUCCCGUAUGCACUGCCUCCGACAUUUGAGGGACGGUUUAAGCCUCCGCGACCACACAGGGGAUGGCAGUUGCUGCAAGCGGUAGACUAUGGACCGGCGUGUCCACAACCUGUCCAGUACACCGGAGCUACCAAGGGAAUCCGCGAUAUGGAUGAAGACUGCCUGUAUCUGAAUGUGUUCUCACCGAACACUCAAUCCGGUGUUGCUCAACGGUUUCCUGUGAUGAUCUACAUCCACGGCGGUGAGUUCGUUCGCGGGGCUUCGAAUGUGUUUCCAGGGCACAUGCUGGCCGCAUUUUACGAAGUCGUGGUCGUCACGUUUAACUACCGUCUAGGUGCACUCGGAUUUCUCUCCACGGGUGAUGAGAAUUCUCCGGGCAACUACGGUAUCCUAGACCAGAUCAUGGCGGUUCGCUGGGUGUACGACAACAUAGAGGCCUUCAAUGGGGACCGGAAUUCGAUAACAUUGUUCGGACCGGGUGCGGGAGCUGCGUCCUCCGGAUUGCUGAUGGUGGCGCCCCAAACUAAGGACAUUGUUACUCGCGUCAUAGCACAAUCCGGAGCUGCAGUUGCUGACUGGGCACUGAUCGUGGAUAAGUAUCGAGCGCAGAAUACGAGUCGAGUUUUCGGUCAAAUGGUUGGAUGCUCGAUCGAAACUUCGUGGAAAUUGGUCAACUGUAUGCGACAAGGACGAAGCUUCUUUGAGCUGGGGAACGCAGAGUUUGCUCCACAUGUUGGACUGUUCCCGUGGGGACCGGUUCUGGACAUCAAUUUCACCUUCCCGGGCGACGAAUGGUACGAGGGAUGGAGGGAAAGAGAUUGGCAUUUCCUGGCUCAAACUCCUGAAGAGCUCAUCAAAAAAGGACACUACAAUCGUGGGUUACACUACAUGAGUGGUGUGACCUUACAGGAGGCUGCUUUCGUCAUCUCUCAGAAUGAGUCGUUGGCUCCAUACUACGAAGUUGAUCAAAAGUUUUUCGAGCAGAAAGUGUGGGAGCUGGUCUACCGGUAUAACUACACAUUGAAUCUGAAUGGCACGUACGAAGCCAUUAAAUAUAUGUACACCCAUUGGCCAGAUCCUAGAAACACAACCUACAUAAGAGAGCAAUACAUCAAUCUUCUCUCGGAUUUCCUCUACCGUGCUCCGGCAGACAAGAUGACCAAACUCCUGGUUGAGCGACGUGUUCCAGUCUACAGCUACGUUAUGAAUACCACCAUCGAAGGACUUAAGCUUCCCGAAUGGCGAAAGGUCCCUCAUGACAUCGAGCAUUACCUGCUAACGGGAGCACCAUUUAUGGACGUGGAGUUCUUCCCCCGGAAGGCUCGUCUCGAUAGACUACAGUGGACCGAUAACGACCGCAACAUGAGCCACUUCUUCAUGAAAACGUUUUCGGACUUUGCACGCUACGGUAAUCCAACGCCUCAACAAGUCCUUGGACUGUUUUUCGAGCCGGCCAGGAAUGGUGAGCUAAAGUAUUUGAACUUGAACACCACGUAUAACUCUUCGAUUAGAAUGAACUUCCGGCAAACGGAAAGUGCCUUCUGGACGCAGUACAUUCCAACGGUGGUCGGAGUAAUGGUGCCAACGUAUCCACCCACCACGGAGUUCUGGUGGGAACCGAAGGAACCGCUGCAGAUCGCCUUCUGGAGUAUGUCCGCUGCGUGUCUGCUGUUGAUCGUCCUGGUAGUUAUAUGCUGCAUACUGUGGCGAAACGCAAAGAGACAAUCUGACCGUUUCUACGACGAUGGUGUUUUCGUGGUAGACAAUCCAGAAUCUGAACGUGACGUGGGUAUCGACAACAACGUCCUGCAAGCCCAGCCUCUUCGAACGCGGGACAACAUCUACGAGUACCGUGAUUCUCCGACGAAAUACAAAUAUCCACCAACCGACGCUUCUUCGAUACGGGCACCCAGCUCCCUCGCGAUGACCCAAACCACUGCCAAGUCGAUCUCCGGAAGUCAAAGCUCGCUGCGUAGUGCCAUUUCGAUGAAGGAAUCGACCAACAUUAGCCCCAUUCCCAGGUCCGAGUCGAACUUUGACCGGAAUAUCAAGUACGCCGAACGGGGAGUGGACACCGAAAUCAACAAAAAUGGCAGAUAUCCCCGCACGGAUUCCAGGGGAGCCCUUAGUGAUACGAAAUCGAGGGAGUUUUCCGCCAGCACACCGAUCGAGCCGGCUCCGAGAUCUCAACAACCGACGUCGCAACCGGCCAGCCGGGGUGCCAGCCGAGCCGGGUACGAUCGCAGCAACAAUGCAAGUCGAACGAAUUUAAUCGAAGGAAUUCCACAGACCGAAGUUUAGGUGGUAAGAAAUGGUGAGAUGAUAUACGUAAGGUUAACGUUAAGUUUAGAAUAGUUCAAGUGUAACGAAGUUUACCAGUUACAAAAUGCCACGCGUCCCCAUCACAAAACAAAACGACCUUGAUAAUCGCAACAUAUCAGGUUAGGUACGUUAUUAAAAAGAGCAGACAACGCUGCUCUAGUUUUAAGACAAUCGAAGCCGUACUGUAGUAAGUUUACAACAAAAAAAUCUACAAUAGAUUGAAGUAGUCGGAUAAGUGAAACGAAAGCACCAAGUGCCUUGAAUUUUAGGUUAGGUUUAGGAAACGAUCAAUUCAUCGAUGCUCGUUGAGGCUGGGUUACAAUUGAUUUCUAUAUUCAGGGUGACCAGUAUGGUGCGGCUUACUUUUUAAAAAGUUGUUGAAGCCUGGAAUUCGUAUGCUCCUCUGGAUUCAAUUCACAUAAAAAGAGAAACCUCUGAGUUUCAGCCAAAUAGGGUGGGGCGGGGCAAGAUGGGUCACCUAAGGAUGGAUCACCAUAACUUAGUAAAUACAAAUCCUAUUGGUUUGUAUUCGUCCGCUACUAUUUAAUACACUAGUAAGCUAUGCUAAAAGUCGAUAAAAAGUUCAUUAAAUACAAAAAAUGAUGUUGAACAAGCAGUUUUAAAAAGUGAUCGAUUUUGAGCCGUGAAAAAAAUGCGGGGCAAGAUGGGUCACUCUCUCUCUCUCUCUUAUUGGCGUAACGUCCUCAUUGGGACAAAGCCUGCAUCUCAGCUUAGUGUUCUAUGAGAACUUCCACAGUUAUUAACUGAGAGCUUCCUCUGCCAAUGACCAUUUUGCAUGCGUAUAUCGUAUGGCAGGCACGAAGAUACUCUAUGUCCAUGGAAGUCAAGGAAAUUUUCUUUACGAAAAGAUCCUGGACCGACCGGGAAUCGAACCCGUCAUCCUCAGCAUGGUCAUGCUGAAUACCCGUGCGUUUACCGCCUCGGCUAUAUGGAUCACCUUUUAAGUAAUUCACAUUUUCUCAACGAAAAAUGUCAAAAUAUAAGUUUUGUUCCGCAUUCAUAUAUGCUCCAUAUCCAUACUGAGUGAACAAGAGCUACUAGUAAACAUUUUAUAAAUUUAUUUGGAAUAUAAAAAACUUUACGAUUUGAGUGGUCCUAAGGCGACUUGAAAAUCGAUGUUUUCAAUCAAAAAUUAUCAUAAUUUUAUGUUAUAAUUUUGAGCGUUCAUUCCGCUUGAUUGAAGUCAUUUAUGAGAUAGUCUUGUAAGACCAAGCCCACUCGUGGGCUUAAUACUACACACGCAACAGCACGUCGUUAACGAUUUUUAAUUUCGUUAUCAACCCAUUUUCGCACCGGUCGUUCGUUUCCAUGUGAGUAAAAUAAUGAUCGGUCGCCUUUGCGCACCGGUGGUCUCUAUUCUCUCCGUACCAUCGGUUUUUUGCACUUCUGUAAAUCAUCGCAAUAUUUUGUGUAUUUCUAUGGGGUUAUUGCAAAUUUUAUUCAGUAUAAUAAUUUGUGCUCAUAUUAUGAAAGAUGGGGUUUUGGAUAAGACUGAAAACUGUUAGUAAAAAUUGAAUUCAAAUAAAUAAUUCCCUUGGAGAUUUGUAUCAGUAUUGGUGCGUUUAAAGAUAUCAUUUUCUCAAUAAUUUAUGAUUGUAUUUAAUCCCGGAAUUCAAGAAAUCUUUUUUUAAAUUAUAUGUUUGUUGCUUACUGUAUGACUGGUAGGUUAAAUUUUUAUCUAAAAUAAUAUCCAUCUCUUCAAUAUUCAUGUUGCCUUUGUCGCAAGAAAUUUAUCUGAAUUUGAGAUUAUGAGCAUCUUUUUUAUUAAUUAGGUUUAUUGAAUAAUUACAUCCCUUGCAUUUCCAACACAUUUAUAACGUAGUUGCCUCUUUUACAACUUCGCGUAGGUCAAGAUUCUUGAAUCCUGGUCAUAGUAGAAGCUGUCUUCUAACAGUCUGCGAUAAGUUUUCGCAACCUUUUUUCAUUAACGUGUAUUUUAACAUCAGCUAAUUCUAUACUCAGUCACAACCUUUUAGUUACAAAGCAUCACUCGCAAAUCUUAAUAUAUAUUGCGAUCUUUUGGAUGCUGUAUAUGAAUAUUUUGUUGGAAGCAGAUUCUAUGCGCUUGCAGUAGACUGCGUAUUUGUCAAAGUACAUAAUGGGCCUACUCUCCUUUUUGGCACUUCAUACAACAAUUGUUGUAUUUUAACCGUUAUGUGGCCGGCAAACUUUUUGCUUUUUUCUACACCGUGUAUUUUAAAUGGGUGCUAGGUACCCGGGUACCCUGCUGGCCACAUAAGGGUUAACAUCCAACGCCUUGCUUUUUCUAUAACGAGGAACCUACAAUAUGGCAGUCCUGCACACCGCCUAUUUUAAUUGGUGAAACUUGGCAGCUCGACUACAUUUUUUAAGAUUUUUAUCGGUAUGAUUUAGUUUUUACAAAAAGAAAUAACUGUAGUGUUUCUAUGAUAUCUGAGUUGAGUUAGGUACAGUCAAUGCAUCUUUGAAAAAUCGUAACUACUCUUAUCUAAUCUCAUACAUACGCGGAAUCACCCUGGAAAGCAAUCGUGUUACUUUUCUUGUCAAUACUGAUGCUUGCAGCAUAUCAGAGAUAUGACGCCAUCCACAAAUUACGUAACGCUCUAGGGGGAGGGGGGGAGUAGGACCAAGCGUUACGGUCCAUACAAAAAAUUCAGGAUUUUCAUACAAAAAUGCGUUACGGUGGGGGGAGGGGGGUCAAAAAUUGUAGAUUUUAGCGUUACGUAAUAAAUGGACGCUGCCUAUGACACAUGCAUCAAAGCGGUCUGGUCUACUGCGUUGUAUUUACACGCAAAGAUGAUUCUUCGAAAUACUUGGAGUACAGAAUAUUUUAUUUCGGCAAGGUACUUCUCGAAUUUACAGGGGAGGAAGGAUGCGUGGACGGUGAAGUUACCCAUUUCGCACACUUUCUUCCUAAUGUCUCGUUUAUUUAAUUUAUAUUUUUAAAUUUAUAUUUAAUAAAUCACCCACUGACGACCACCAUUUUCAAAAACAGCAAUCAAACCAAAACUCUUAUGCCUUUUUGAAAUAUACACGACAAAACGAAGCGCGAGGCACAGCUCUUUCAAAGCGGAGGAUCUCAGCCCGGAAAGUGAAGAAAGAAAACCUUGUGGUCACUUAAUACCGUCAAAUAGUUUCUUUUCGGGUUAGAAAAUACGCACAUCUUUUCACCGGAAUAUGCGUCGGAUGACGAUAAUUUUGAAACUUGUCGGAACGAACUUCGCGAGUUAUUUAUUUGGACAUUUUUCUAAAUGUGCGAAACUAAGCUUUACUUGCUGCGUAGAAAACCCGGCUCAAACAUGUACGUGUUAAAACAGCAAAACUCACUGAAUCACUAUACAUUUCUUUAAAUAUUAGUUUCGAAACGAUCGGCCGAAUCAAAAACUAAAGGUGCGAUUAUGAGCAAUCGUAACUAUUUUUAAGAGAAAAUCAAUACAUUUUCGAUAUGCAUGAUCCUAAAAUUGGCGAAGAAGCGAAUUCAUAACAUACUUAAGCAAAGCUUGUCAAUUUAAACCUAUUAUUUUUCUGCGUUUGUAUUGUCACUCUAUCACAAUUCUUUGUCAGACAAUUUGUUGUGUUAUUCGUGUAACGAUCUAUGAUAUUGAUUGGUUGAAAAUUUCAAAUAUUUGAUGCAAACUAAAAUAAAUUCCUACCUAUACAAAACAAGAAAAUCAUUCUCUAGAAACUAUAUACCGGGCAAGAAAUUUAUACUCAUGUUCUUUCGUCUCCUCUUUACGCUACCCAGAGAGCUAAACGCGAGAGAGCGCACGAGCCUACGGAUAGAGACCGUACUUUGCGUGUCUCUAUAUUCUAAGCCCUGCUACGAACCGUACGUAAAAUUUUCGCUUUCGAGCCCUACUUAGCAGCGACCGGUGCGGUUCGCUUCUUUGUUCGGGGCUCUACUUAACGUUAAAACGCUUGAUUGAGCCCAUGAGUGGGCUUGGUCUAAUAAAAAAUAAUUAUCUUUUGAAUGCUCCAAAAAUACAUUCAAAAUUAAAGGUGACCCAUAUUGCCCCGCGGCCGUUUAUAUGGAGAUUAUAUGGAAUGUAUCGCAUAAGAAAAAUGGCUAAAAACCAUUUUAUUUUUUAUUUCCAAUGAGAGUGAAUUUUUUUUAAUCAAUGCCCUAAACUUUUGUAUAUUCAUGCUGGUCAUCUAACAAAAUUAUUAACAUAAUCAAAACAUGAGUAAUGAGCCAGAAAAUGGCACUGACCCAUCUUGCCCCGCGACCCAUCUUGCCCCGCCCCACCCUACAUUAAGAUUUGAAGGUAUACAGUUGAUUAUUCGGGAAAUAAAUAAAUGCUUUCAUUUUAAGUGUCAAAAGUUUCUCAAUUUUCAACCGAUUUUCAAUAUUUUUUUCAAAAAUCUCUUUUAUAUUGAAUUUCGAACAAACUUGUAGAACUUUUUGAGCAUGCCAAAUAUGAGUUUUUUUUAGAUUUCUUUUAUUGUUACUUAUUUUUAUUGAAAAUAUCAACAUUAGGGCUCGAUAACUGUUCAACUGUUUGACCAAUUUCAAAUCUUUUAGCGUGCAUUUGCAGAUGCCUACUUGGAUGCCUACAAAUGUUGUGAAUGUAUAACAUGGACACAUGCACGAUAUAUGCACGUAAACACGUAUUUUACAAUGAAAAUAAGAAUUCCGGUAAAAUUUUGUUUUCAUGCAAAGUUUCAGUCUUAAAACUUAAAAAAAUAUUCUAGAUUAAAAUAUGGAUACCUAAAACUUCAAUGUUUGGGGUGUUCUGAAUUGAAUCUGAUGCAAGGUAUCUAAUUUUCAGCAAAAGCUGCCAAAAAUUGUCCUAUAGGAAACUUAAAACUUAAUUUUACAUGAAAAAACAUGUUUUAGGCAUGCUUUGGCUGUUUUUUGGUGAAAAUUAUCAAUAAUGUGUGACACUUAAAUUAGAAGCACCCUUGGUAUGUUCCGUUUUUUGUCAACACGGUCCGCGAUUUUCAGUUGAUAAAAUCGGAAUACCUAGUGACAAAAUGGAAUAAUUUUCAUUGACAAUAUAUUUUGCAACAUUUCAAUAAGAACUGAAUGUUAUACUCUAAAAACACAUUCCUAAAGUAAAGUCAUGCUGUUUUUUAAUAAAGCUUGAUUGUUCUUUGAUAUGAAACUUUCAGAACGUAUUGGUUACACUGUUCAGAUUACAGGUUUUAUACGACGUCGACAAGACAUUUUUAACACCACAUUUGUGACAACAUUUUUGGGAAUCUAAGAAACCAAAAUUAAUAUAUCUGUCUAUUAUCGUUAAAUUUAAGAGUGACGCAUAUAAUAGUUCCAGUAUCCGAAUCGAUGUUUUCAAAAAUGACACUUCCUGGAAUGAACGGAACGUCCCUCUUCCGAAAGGCAUUUCUACAUGAGUGGGUAUCUUCUGAGAUUCCUCCAACUAUUUCUUCACAGAUUCCUGUAGAAGUUUAUUUUGGGUUACUUUUAUGAAAUCUCAAGGAAUGUUUCUUUGCAAUCACUUUGGAACUUCUCUAGAACUAAGGAUUCCCAAAGAAGUUCCUUCUGGAAUUUCUUUAAGUUAUCUCUUACUAUUCCGCUUACUAUCCAGAUGUUCCUUUUUAUUUUUUUUCUGGAGCUUCAUCUGGAAUUCUUUCAGGGUUUAACCAAGACAUCUGAAUUUCAUCUAAGAAUCUUUCAAAAAUCCUACACACGCUCAGAAAACCGUUCUGAUAAACGUGAACAAACAAACGCAAAUAUGAGAACAAGCAAAUAUACACCGUAAACUGGAACUAGUUCCAGCUGUCAAUAUGGGCGUUCUAGAAACCGUGAUAUCUAGUUCACGGUGUACAUUUCUUAUUGUUGUUAUCGUUGCUAUGCAUAGUUCCCGUUUGUUCCCGUUGCCGUGACUGAGAGUUCACGUAUACCGGAACGGAUUUUUUUUGCGUGCAGGAGUUCCUCUGUUUAUUCAGAAUGUCCUACGAAAAUACCUCUGUAAUCCCUCCAGAAAUGCUUUCUGAUAUUCUUCCAGGAGUUAUUAUAAGGUUGCUCAAGAAUUUCUUUCUUGGAUUCAUUUGAAAGUUUUUCUAUGAUUUCAUCCGAAGCUCUUUAAAAAGUUUCUUUUGUUAUUUUUUCAGGAAAUCCUUCUUGGACUCAUCUAAUAAUUUUUACAUUAGUUUUUUGAAAAAUUCCUGCAGGGGUUCUAUUUGAUACUUGUGUGCAGCAUAAGUUACUUCUGGAAUUUUGAUUUUGAAUACUUCCAAAAAAAAAUACCGGAUUCUGUCUUUCUUCUUGGUAACUUCUCCUGGGUUUCUUACUGCUUUUUCUCCAAGAGUUCCUCCAACAGUAGAACCCUCCUGGAGUUUAUUCUGGGAAUUCUCCAAGAAUUUCUGCCUCAAAUUUUCCAGAAAUAUCUUCUGGAUGGCCUCCUGAUGUUCCUUAUAAAAAUCUCCGGGAAGUUAUUUUGUUUUAAAUCUUCAAGAUUUUUUUGUGGAAAUCCAUCAGAAAUUCCUUGUAGGAAUACAGUAGAAGUUCUUUCGUGAAAUCCUCAAAGAAAUACUCUUGGGAAAUCUUCGGAAUUGAUGGAAUUCCUUUAACAAUUUGUUCUGAAAAUCCACAAUUUCUUUUGGAAACUUUCAAGGGUUCCUGGAAAACCUUUAAAUCGGUAGAGCUUCUGGCAAUAAAUAUGGUGAAAUUUCGAAAAAAAAAUGGCAUUUCGCAAUAUGACGGGAUUCUCGAAGUAAUUCAUGCAUAGUUUGCAGAAGGAACAUUCUGUAGAAUACAAUGGAUAUACGAGAGUUCGACUGUUGGAUCUAUGUUCUAGGUUAGGGAAUUCGGCUUAUCUCGGCUUUUCUUAACUUAAUUAACAAACACGUAUUAUAAUAUUAUAAUACGUGUUUGUUAAUUAAGUGCUUUGUGUCGGAAGUUUUUUGUUCGGAUGUUUGUAUGUUCUGUGACUACUGCUCAGCAACUAGAGCCACCUGACAAAAAAGCUAAAGUUUCUAAUCCUUGAAAAAGAUGUUAAAUAUAUCGAAACGUCGGACAUAGAAACAAAUUAGUUUUUGAUUUGUGGAAAGACUGCUACGCCGCCAACAUAUCAUUGAAAAAAAGGAAUGAUAAGCCGAAUUCCCUAACCUAGAACGUAGAAUACAAUGUUUGUAAGUCAGCUAAGCAUUUAUUUAUGAAAAGUGAACCGCUCAGUAGCUCAAGAUUAGAAAUACGUUUAAAAAAGUUUGCAAAUCGAUCAACUACUUCUCAAGACAUCGUGAUCACCGUAACGGCACUUUUUUAAAAACGUAAUUUCGAGAUAGCAUAACAAAGAAGAGAAGAUAAACCUCUGCUGUCGCUAUAUAUUCCAUAAAAAUGUUGAAUGCUAUAGUAGAUGUUAUUAUGAUUGAAGUUGAACAUUGUUGCACUGUCUAGAUCACUCUAAUGCCCUAUUUUGCCCCAUACUACUUAUCAAUUAUGUAAAAUUUGUUUUUUUUUUUUUAAAUAGAUUUUCAAGCUGUUUUCGAUGUUUCCAUGCUAACCAUAGGAAUCAUGAGGCAAAUACUGUUGAAAACGACAUAAAAUUGAUUUUCAUCAUGGAUGGUGCUCAGGCUGUGGCCUAUUUUGCCCCAAUUCUUCCCAAUUUUAUGUUUCGGUACAAAAUUUGACCAAAAAGCAUGUGCACAUCGCCACUGAAGAUCUGCCAUGAGAUCUGCGUUAAUGAAAAACUUUCAAUAUUUUAGAAAAGAUAAUUCACAGAUCGGGUGGAUCAUUUUCUUGUUGCCCAGAUCACAACAAUGUACUAUUUUGCCCCAUAUUACUUAAAAGCUAUGCUCUUUUUUAUAAGUUUUCAAGCUAUUUUAGAUGUUUCCAUGUAAAUUACAGCAAUCACGCUUAGGAAACAAGAUGAAAUUGAUUUACACCAUAGAAAAGCACGAGAUGUGCUCUGUUUUGCCCCAAUUGGGUUUUUAAAUUAAGAAAAAUUCAAUGAUUUUUUUUAUUUUUGAACAAAAGAGCACCUUUUUCUGAGCCGCUAUGAUUUUUUUCAGAUUUUUAGAACUUUAUUUUGGUAUCUAAAAUCAAUUUCAAAGAGAUUUUUCGAAAUCGCCUUUCGAUAGCUGGGCAACUGCUUGACAGCUCCGCUCAGCACAAAAUGCGACAAAUCGCUCCCAUACAAAUUUCAGAUUGAUUCUUAAAUAGGUUCCCGGGCACCAAAAUUGAUGAAAAUUUGGAUUUCGGCUCAGUUUGGCAUGCAGAUUUAGAAUAUGGAAUUAUCGCAACACCACUAAAGAAGCCAAUUCGCCUUUAUUUUCAUGUUUUUGUGUAAAACUUGACCAGAAAGCAUAUGAAGAUCUCCGCUGAUGAUCUACAUCCAUUUUCAGCAAAAAAAAAAAUAACAAAGAUAAUUUACAACGAGGGUGGAAUAUUUUCAUGUUGCCCAUAUCACGCUGAUGUACCAUUUUGCUCCAUUUUCCUUGAAUACUAUGAAAAAUUUGCUUUUCCAUAGGUUUUCAAUCUGUUUUCGAUGUUUCCAUAUAAAUCAUAGCCAUCACGAUGCAAAUACUCUUAAGAAACGAAAUAAAAUUGAGUCCACCAUGAAUGAGCACGGGAUGUGACCUAUUUUGCCCCAUUCUCCCUAAUUUCCGUGUUUCGGUGCAAAAUUUGACCAAAAAGCAUAUGGAGAACUCUGCUGAUGAUCAUGAAAAACAUCCAUGAAAAACUUCAAUAUUUCAACAAAGAUGAUCCACAACGAGGGUGGGAUAUUUUCAUGUUGCUCAUAUCACGAUAAUGUCCCAUUUUGCCCCAUAUUCAUUAAAAAGUUUAAGAAUUAGUUUUUUUCAUGAGUUUUCAAGCUGUGUUUGAAGUUUCUAUGCAAAUUAUAGUAAUCAUGACUCUAAAGAAACAAGAUAGAGUUCCACCAUAACAGAGCACGGAAUGUGACCUAAAUUGCUCCAAUUGAGUUUUUAAAUUAAGAAAAAUGUAUUGAUUUUUUGAUUUUAUACAAAACAGCACCUUUUUCUGAACCACCAUGAUUUUUUUCAGAUUUUUAGAACUUCAUUUUGAUACCUAAAAUCGCUUUCGAACAGAUUUUUCGAAAUCACCUUUUGACAGCUGGCCAACUGCUUGACAGCUCCGCUCAGUACAAAAUGCGACAAGGGGUGAUUCGACAAAUCGCUCCCAUACAAACUUCAAACUGAUUUUUAAAUAGGUUCCCCCAAUUUAAAUAGGUUCACCCCAAUUUUCAUGUUUCGGUGCACAAUUUGAGCAUAUGAAUAUGAAGGCACCUGCUAAUGAUUUACAUCACUGGAUUGAAAUUUUGCUGUCAAUUAAAAUUCUGAAUUUUGAAAAAUUUAUUGAUUUUUUAAUUUAAUAUAAAAGAGCCCUUUUUUCGUUUUUCUCAGAUUUUUAGAUCUUUAUUUUGAUACUUUCAAUCAAUUUCAAAGAGAUUUUCUAAAAACACCAUCUGACAGCCGGACAACUGCUUAACAGCUCCACCCAGUACAAAAUCCGGCGAGGGGUGAUUCAACAAAUUUCUCCCAUACAAACUUCAAAUUGAUUUUUAAAUAGGUUCCCGGGCACCAAAAUUCAUGAAAAUUUGAAUUUCGGCUCAGUUUGGCCGAAGAAGCCAAUUAGAUAAUCUGGAAGAUUUUUUUUUUUAUUCUAAGACAACUGAAAAAUGUCUGACCACAGUCUCGUCUGGACAGAAUAGAUGGAAGAGGAGAAAGAACUCCGAAGAAAAUUGUAGCGGAUUUCAAGAUUUAAUUCAACGCAGAAUUUUAGACCGAAAACCUGCACGAAUUGUUGAUGGAGUUUAUUUUCAACUUGAAACCGUGAAGGAAUUUUGAAAAUUGCUUAACAAAUUUGUAUAGGUAAUUCGUCAAACAGUUUCUGGAAAUUUUGCUGAAGUCGCCUUACCGAAGUAGUCUUGCAAGCUUUUUAAAUUUCUGAUUUUUUUAUUGUUUGGGAUUCUACUAAUAAAUACUAAAAGUAGUUUUGGCUUCAUUUCUAUAUUUUUUCCGCAAAGUAUGGAAACUAAACUAUAUUUUAACAUAUUGAUGACAUUCUUUGGUCUUCUCGUUAUUUUAGUACAAAUAGUUUUUCUCAGGUAGUGCCAUAAUAGGUACAGGCACCCUAUUAAGUUUUGGCAAACUUCGUUUUGAGAGAAAUUGUAAGUAAUUUAAAAAAUCCUGACAAAAUUAACGAAAAAAGAAACGUUGAUUUUUUUUAAAGUAUUUUUGAAGAAUAAUUACAAAUUAUUCUUAGAGGAGCAAUUUUAGCAAUUGGAUGUUUUCGUUCGCUUUUUUCUCUUCGUCAUGAGUUAUUUUCUAAAAUCUAUUGAAACAAAACUGGCCUUGAAUAUGCAUGUUUAGCAAAACGCUUGGAAAUUACGACUGAUGAUUAAACAAUGUAACUGAUCAACGGUAGAAAAAUGGUAACCCUACUUCAGCGAGUAUUAUUUACUAACUAUUUUUAAGUUCAACAAAAAAAGACUCUCAAACACACACCUACGGCAGCGAAAUGCGUUUGGAGUCAACUACGUACUGAAUGUUAUAUGUUUAGCGUAUAGUAAUUAGGGAAAGUCAGUUUUAGCCAAUUUUAUUAGCAGUAGUAUCCGUUCCGUGUAAAUAAAUGUGCUGUGCAUGUCCAUAUGUUUCAGUGUCUCCGUCCAAUUUUCGUUUUAAGUGUACCGUGUCAACGUGAUUCCCUGUUCUGUUGUCCACGUUCAAUUAAGUUUUAUUCUCUAGUUUUUUUUUUAGUUAGUUGAUUCACGUCUUAUUCAAUUUUGUUCUACUUAGCUCCUAGGUACUUAUUUCACACUUAUGUGUUCUUUCGCUUUCGCAUGAAUCAAAGCAGAACAAAUUUAGGCCAAUCCGUGCAAAUAUUCUUGUUAAGCCCACUUUGCGUUAGAAUUGUGUACAUAUUCGUUUAUGGUUGUCUUCCAUUUCAAUACAUUCCCGAGCAACUUCAGCUUACACUUUCAUUUACUCCUAAGCUGUCCAUUUGUUUCAUUAGACUAACUUACUUCGUUUAUCAUUUAGGUUUAUAAUGAAAAGCAUUUAAAAGAACAUACUGUACAUAUAGUGAUGACUAUUUUCGAUUGAUUACCAUUUAAGUAUUAAUGAUCAUAAGUUUCGCUGCACAAUUAUUUGUGAGAUAGCUACGAAAGUAAUUAUUUUUUAAGAGAUUUAAUGAUAAUGUAGUAUUUACAAUCGAUGAAUAUUGAAAUAAAGUGCUCUUUUAUA